AUCCUCCCUCCGCAGCGACCCCCCCGAGCCGCCCCAUGGGGAAGAGAGGACGGCCCCGUAGAUCCCGCCGAGCUCCCGCCUGGACCAAGAGGACGGGCCGUAAGUAGCCGUGAGCUGCCAGCUUAUCCCCGCCCUGCUGGGACUGGUUUCAGCCUCUCCCGCUGCUGGGGAUGCAGGAAAGGAUCUCCCGGAUGGGAAUCCUCCUUCCUCAGUGGGUUAAUGCAGCACUGAGGUGAUGCUGGGGGUGCAAAGUGAUGCUCCGGGUUAUUUGCUGUGAAUCUCUCUCUGUGCUGGUAGCAUGGGGGAAAACAGCAAAGAACCCCGGGGCUGGCCAGGUGGGGCAGGGGGGAUGCUCGGGGGGUUCUGCUUCUCUGAGUCCGGUGCAAAACAGGAAGCAGAGGAGAAACCGUGGGGCCAAGGCUGCACGUGAGCCUUGCAAGGGGGAUGGUGACUGCAGGCAGCUUCUGAGCCCCCAAAAGGGGACCCCAGAAUCAAAAGCCAAUGGGAGCAGGAGCUGCCUGCAAGGUAACACAGCCCUGGGCCUUGAUAUUCCUUAAUUUCCCAUCCCUUUCCCAGAAGAGCUGGAGCAUUGCUUGAGUUUGGGUUGGGGGUGGGCUGGAGCGUCUCCAUGGUUUAGUUUUUACCUUCCAGAGCUGUAAGGGAGUGGUGCUCCCGGUGGAUGUUCUGCCUGCUGCUCCCAGGAGAGCGGGGAGAGGCUGCCAGCAUCCAGCCUGCACUCUGCCUGCACCCCCAGCUCACUGCCUCCCCCUUUCUGCUGCUUUUUGGGGGGACUUAGCCCAAAACACGGGCUCAAAGCUGUGCUGCCAAAGCCGCUUUUGCUGUCGCUGCUGCAUCCCCGGGUGAUCCCCGAGGAUGGAGAUACCGGAGAGUAAACACAGCACCGAGGUGAGGGUGGCAGCAAAGGGGGGCUGGGUGGGGCAGGUACGGGAACGGUGUGGCUGGAUCGAUGUCAGGGGAUCAGGGAUGAAAUCCCACAGGUCACAUUAUCACUGCCCUCACCUCCUUAGCAGGGGCUUGUCACCCUCUGGGUGGCUCUGCUCUCUUCAGCAGCUUGGCCAAAACCUCCAGGGGGUAGAGAGCUGCAUACAGCAAGAAAAGGUCUUUAUUUUAGUGUUUUAAAUAGCAAAAGAGUGAUUAAACCUAUAUAAUAACAAUAAUAAUAUAUAAUUUCUAACAUUGUAGCUUAGCUGUAGCCCUGUAGCUCCACUAUGGCCUGGGGUUACCCCAGAGCUGUGAGAUGAUCAGGUAUACCCACACAGCCGGUGUUUUGGGGCUGUAGGAAGGGAUUUGUGCCACAUCCCUUUGUUUUUUCUGCUGCAAGGAUUGAAAAAAAACAUAGGGGGAGAGGAGAGGAUGGAGCCAGGCUGGUCUGAAUUGCUCUGGAGCACAUUAAAACCAACAGUGCCAUGGGAAGGCAGAAGCAGCCUGGAUUUAUUCUGAGGACCUGCCACUGUGGAAAUACUUGUUGUACCUGAGCUUGUUUGCUGUUGCCACCUUUAAAAUUGCAGCCUGGUCAUGGGUAAAUGUUUUGUUACGACUCACAUGCCAACGAAGGGUUGUUUUCCCCUAUCAUCAGUCUUUGGCUGGGUUAUUGUGUGCCUGGGAUACCACGGCAAAGGAAACAGCGCUGCCUCUCCGGGUAAGAGGCAAUUAGAAUUCCUUUAAAGAUUCCUUUAAAGUGACUCGAAGGGCUCUUAAAAUAAGAUAAAUGUGGGUAUCAGUGCACAGGCUGGGCUGGCUCCACACCCUCUGUAGGGUGGUGCCCAAUGUGCAAUGGAGUUGAUUUUGACAGUGCUGUGUCCUCAGGACCCUCUUCAUGCCCCCAGCCCACGGCACUGCAGCUCUGGCUCUUGACUUUGCUCUGCUCUGCGGUUUUUGGCAUCUCAGGUCCCCCCUUGGUAUCCCCUCUUUCCCUGCCAGCACCUCCAUCUCUUGGAGGGGUCUCAGAUCUGAUCUCUGCUGCCUUUUGGGCUUGCAGUGUUGGUUGUUGCGAUCCCUCAAGGAUUUUCUUCCCAGCUUGGAAAAAAAACUCCUCGAGCACCGGGAGCUCACAGCAGUCAGGGCGAGGAAGGUUUGGGAUGCCAGGCUGGGGAUUUGGGUGUCUUUGAUGCUCUGCCAAGUUGGCUGGAUGCUUUCCCUGCAGGAUGGCCCCCGGCCGCCUCCCAGGUUGCACUCAGGCUCCGGCACGCGAUGGUGGUGCCGGGGCAGGGCGUGGGGCGAGCCUGGCUCUGCCGGGCUCCUCGGGCCCUCCCAGCCCUACCGCACACGGAACAGCCGCGGGAGAUCCCAGCUGUAAACUGCUCCUCUCCAUCCUGGGGGUUGUCCUGCAGGGAGCACAGGACUGAAAGUUCUGUGUGUCUGGAAAGCUGGACUGAAGGGGUCUGUGCUGUCCUGGCUGUCUGUCUGUCUGUCUCCCUUUGGCUCCCACUGCUGAGAGUGAAUCCUUAGGGGCUGCCAGUGCACCCCUUCCUCGGGUGCUGUCCAACUCUCCUUCAGUUAAAAAUAAAGUCAUGUUUUUUUGGGAUAAACUGUCGGAGAUGAUUAUUUUUCAGUGAGCAUCCUUCUUACCCAGGGAAGCUGGACCAGGCAGUGGGUGGCUCCAUGUCCUCUGGGUGUGUGGGAUGGGAUGGUGGGAGCACAGGAGAGGUGUCCUUGCCUCGUGUCAUCUUUUUCUCAAUCCAUAGGUUACCAUGGAAACAUGAAGGUAGCAAGCCUGCUGGUGCAUGAUGCUUUGCCAGGAUGGCCUGGGAUCACCAUCCAUCCAUGAUGGGAUGGUGUGGGGGAAUUUAUAACCACUCCCCACCUUCCUGCUUGUUCCAUGCCUUUAAAUUCUUUUUCCCCCCCCUUUUUUUUUCGCUGGGAGCAGCUUGGCAAGUGCUUGCUACCACUUUGUGGAUUGACAUGACUUAAAUGUGGAAAUGCUGGAGCCAUUGAGGAGAUGGGAAUGAGUGGAUGGAGACACAGGGAUGAACUUCUCUGAGUUUCCCCUCUGGCAGGAGGGUCAGUCUGUAGGGAUGCUGCUGGCAUCUCCCAGGGGACAUGGUGAAACUGGGAGCCAAACCCUGCUCCAUGUUGGAGGUAGACAAGGAAACUCCAUGAGCCUUGGACAUGAGCUGCCUCUGCAGCAUCCUGGGAUGGGGCUUUCCCAGAACACGGGGUGGGGAAGGGAGUGGGAGAGGGGGAAUGGGCCAUGGGACUUUUGGAUCCUUUGUGCAGCGAUAAUUGCAGCCUGCGGUGCUGUGGGGGUGCGUCCUCCAACAUCAAAGAAGGGCUUUUCCAGGCUCUUCUUCCAGGUGUGGGGAGCUGGAUCCAGCUGGGACUUUCCCCCCAGUUUCAGGGCUUGGUGGGGUAGGUGAUGCCCUGGAUCCCAGGGUGGAUCCCAGCAAGUGCUGAGGCAGACAGGGACGCUGCAGUGCGGGAUCCAGGGAGGAUGCUGGGGUGAGGGGUCUGUGCCGGGGGAUCUGAGGAAUGCUGCACGGGCUCUGGGGAGGCUGUGAUGGGACAGGGAUGUUGUGGAGGCACUGAGGAUGCUGUGGGAGCUCUGAGGGUGCUGUUAUGGGACAGAGAUACUCAGGGAUACUUGAAGGAUGCUGUGGGAGCUUGGAGUGAUGGGAUGGGGAUGCCAGUGGGAGGGGACUCUGAGGACGUUGUGGGACACCAGGAAUGAAGCAGGAAUAGGGAUAUUGCAAGACUGAGAAUACUGUGGGAGGGCUCUGAGGAUGCUGUGAUGGGAAAGGAAUACUCAGCAGGGCUCUGAGGGUGCUGUGAUGGGACAGGGAUACUUAGCAGGGCUCUGAGGGUGCUAUGAUGGGACAGGGAUGUUGCAGGGGGGCACUGGGGUUGCUGUGAUGGGACAGGGAUACUCAGCAGGGCUCUGAGGGUGCUGUGAUGGGACAGGAAUACUCAGCAGGGCUCUGAGGGUGCUGUGGUGGGACAGGGAUGUUGCAGGCUCUGAGGAUGCUGUGAUGGGACAGGGAUACUUAGCAGGGCUCUGAGGGUGCUGUGAUGGGACAGGGAUACUCAGCAGGGCUCUGAGGGUGCUGUGAUGGGACAGGGAUGUUGCAGGGGAGUACUGGGGAUGCUGUGGUGGGACAGGGAUAUUGCAGGCUCUGAGGAUGCUGCAGGACUGGGGAUGCUGUGGGGACCAGCAGGACUCUAUGGCAUCACCCCCUCCAGCAGCCCUAUGAGGACACAGGACCUUGCUCAGGGUGUUCAGACCUUCUUGCUUUCAGCAGCUGCUCUGGUUUGGGCUGUGGAUCUGGGAGGGCUGUGGGGAGCUUGAAGUCAUUCCAGAGGCCCCACGGGUGCGGGGGCAGCCGGGUGUGCUCUGUUUUGCUCUGCAUUCCCUGAACGCUUCACUAAACAACGUUUCUUCUCCUCAGGGAUUAUUAGCUGUGUUUGCCUUAGAUAAAUUUUGCAUCAGGCCCAACUUGAGCAUACAAAGCCUGGGAAAAGAUCAUAAAGCUGUCAAAAAAUAUUACUUAAAAAAAGCUGGUAUGUAAAGGCAAACAUUGUGGGCAGAGAGGAUUUUCCAAGUGUUUUCACCGGUGGAAAGGGUGGAAUGUGCUUGGUUGGGUGUUUUGGCACCCAAGGAUGAAGCUAGGGGAUGAAUUUGGUGCUAAUAUCAGGUCCUGAUGCCCAGCAGUUUCCCAGCUCUGGGCAAACAGGGGUACUCAGGCCCCUCAGGAACAUCCCCAGCCUCCAGCUCAGGCAGCUUGGGGCUUUUGUGGCCAGUUUUGCUAAGAACAAAACCCCCCAGGAAGCACAAGCUGCUUUUUACCGUCCCCUAAUUUUACUUUUCCCAAGCAAUUAUAACAUGUAAAGGGGUGAGACCUCCCACUGUGUCUUCUCCUGUAUUGCUCCCACCCUUGAAGAUCCAGUGGGUUUCAUCUUCCUCAGCAGGAGAGGCUUGUUGAGCUGGAAAUAUGGAUGCAGGAUGAAAGCCAGGGUGUAAGUUGGGAUGGGGAAUUGCUUCCCUUUUCUGGAGCCCCCAGGUAAUGCUGAGGCACAAUAAUCCAUGUUUUAUGAUGGAGAAGCAGUUCACAGGAAGAGAGGUGUUUUCCUAGGGGACCAACUCACCUGUCCCUAUCCUUAUGCUGUCAAAUGGACACAAUUUUCUUUUUCUAGUGUCCUGUCCCGUUGCUUUUAGUGUGGUUUAAUUGUCCUUAAUUGCCUUUUAAUUGCUUUUCCCGCCCUUUUAAAUUAAUUACUCUCCUGCCCUUUUAACUUCAGGAGCCCAUGAGAGGGAAGGGAAGAGCCUGGCUCUUGUAGGACCAUCUUUGCUCCCGUUUCUCCUCAUUCUUGGUCCAUUUUUGUCCCCAGACCUGGUGUUCUUGGCUGGCGUUGCCGGGUGUUUGGCAGGUGCCAGAUUUACUAGCAGCACUUCCUUGGGCAGGGAUGGGGUGAGGUUGAUGCCCUCCCUUGGGUGACUAAUCCCUGCAGGCUCUGAUGGGCAGGCUCUCACUGAGAGGUUUUGAAUUGCCCAGCCUGGCCUGGGUGUGCAUUGUCCCAGGGCUGGCACAUAACACACUGAGACGUGGCUGGCUGGAUCCGGGAGGAAAUCACCAGGUAGCACAGCCAAGCGCAGCUCUGAGCCUGGCUUAGAGCAGGACUCACCCUGGCAGCAAAGCCUCCCCCGUACCCCAAAGCCUCUCCCACCUGGUAAGUUCAUUUGCUGUGUCCUGUGGGAGGGGAUGAGCCGAUCCCGGGAUGGCUCCGACCGCGGCUCUUUGCUCCUUAUUCCAGGAGCAAGAGGUUUCGGAGGAGGACAAAAGUGGCCCCACAUCCCUGGGCAGUGUUUGUGUGGGCACUGAGCUCGUGGCACCUCCUUUCUCCAGGCCAGGAUGGGUGACUCCAAGGUGUUAGAGGUUCCCCACGUGACCAGCCACAAUGAGAGCUCCGGCCCCUGCCUGAUGCCUUUCCUGCUGAUAAAAAUGAUCAACAAGUCUCGAGGGAAGAUACUCGGGGUGCUGGCUCUGUUUCUGGUGAUGGUUUGGUACUCGAUCUACCGGGAAGACAGGUACACACAGCUCUUUUAUUUCCCUGUGCAAGAAAACAACAAGACAACGUGUCCCCUUGGGGAGGUGGAAAAGAAAGCACCACAGCUCAUCAGGAACUACACGAGGGACCACCCACUGUUCUUGCAGCUGAAGGAUUAUUUUUGGGUGAAGACACCGUCGCUCUACGAGCUGCCCUACGGCACCAAGGGAAGUGAAGACGUCCUCCUGCACCUGCUGUCCAUCACCCAUCACUCCCUGCCCGAGAGCAUCCAGAGCCUGAAGUGCCGGCGGUGUGCUGUGGUGGGCAACGGCCACCGGCUCCGCAACAGCUCCAUGGGGGACACCAUCAACACCUACGAUGUCGUGAUCAGGCUGAACAACGCCCCAGUCCAUGGUUAUGAGCAGGACGUGGGCUCCAAGACCACCAUGCGCCUCUUCUACCCGGAGUCAGCUCACUUCGACCCCCGGGCCGAGAACAACCCCGACACGCUGCUGGUGCUCGUGCCCUUCAAGCCCUCGGACUUCCAGUGGAUGGAGGCCAUCCUUAAUGACAAGAAGAGGGUUCGGAAAGGGUUUUGGAAACAGCCCCCGCUGAUCUGGGACGCCAACCCAGAGCAAGUGCGUGUCCUCAAUCCCUACUACAUGGAAGUCACUGCUGCUAAACUGCUCAACCUCCCCAUGAAGCAACCAAGGAAGGUCAAGCAGAAGCCCACCACGGGGCUGCUGGCCAUCACCUUGGCACUGCACUUGUGUGACCUGGUGCACAUCGCGGGCUUUGGCUACCCCGAUUCAGCCAACAAGAAGCAAACCAUCCACUACUACGAACAGAUCACACUCAAGUCCAUGGCUGCGUCGGAGCACAACGUGUCACACGAGGCCGUGGCCAUCAAGCGGAUGCUGGAGCUGGGACUCGUCAAGAACCUCACCUACUUCUGAGGAUGGCACAGGGACAGUGAGGGGACACUGUGCUGGCAUGGCCAGAGUGACCGAGGGCACAGCAUCCUUGUCACCGCCGCCACACGCCCUGGGACUGUCGGAGCGGGGCUGGGCUGGGGGCCGCGCUGGACCGUGGGUGCCCAGGGUGGGGCAGCUCUUGGGGUGCAGGGAGCCCGGCAGGGCCGUGCCCCAGCGCCUUUUCUACUGACACACUGAAGCUACCGAGGACUUGGAGGGGGUUUUUGGGGUAGGGGGGUCCUCCCUCCCAGCAGGACUGAGGGGGUGAGUCAGGGCAGGAGCCCUUGCCCUGGAUAUUCUCUUGCCCUUAAUUCCCUCAUACGCUGACGAGGGCCCUGCUGAGGGGCUGAUUUUGGGGGUCCUGGCCACUCCCCCCCCAGGGGAUGGGAGCCUUUGGAGGCUAAUGUUGCCUCCUCCCUGCCCUGGACCUCCCCCAAAUAUUUAAUUCCCCCCUUUUUUUUAAUUUCCUUUUUUACUUGGCAGCCCUGUCCUGUGCCUUAGCGCUGGCGUAGGGACUCGUCCCCACAGCCCCCCUGGGUGGGGGCACCCUGGGGUGCUUGGCUUCAGGGUCUGCCAGGGCCCUUUGGUGGUGCAGAUUAAUUUAAUUAAUUUAAAUGCUUAUUUAUGGUGGAGCCUUCACCCAGGGCCCUCAUGCCACUGGUGUCAGGGACAAGGGGCCGUGGGUGGGCAUUUGGGAUGUCCCCCCACCAUGGAGGGGGUUCACUGGUGCUUUCUCCCUGCUGGUGUAGGAUCCCCUCUGCCCCCGUGGGGCUGCAGGUGUCGGGGGGACCCAUGGAUGGGGCUGUUGGGGUCACGCUGGCACCCAAUAAAGUCCUGGUGAGGCUGGGA